GUGUGUGUGUGUGAGCGAGAGUGUGUGCCACAGUGGGCGUUAUCUGCGACUCUGCCUCCUCAGCCAUUCCUCAGCAUCUUAUCUUGUCUAGAGGAUCUUCUGUCACCUGUGCUUCACAGAAAUUUUAACCUUCAGGACUCCAUGGGCAUGGCUGAUGGUCAUGCUUCGUAUCCCUCGGUGUUUGUGGUGGACAGCGGUACCAAGUUCCCACCACCGCUGCCCCCCAAACCAGGACAAACACGAAUCCAGAACCGGAGGAAAUGCCUGAUCCAGAACACACUCUUGGUGCUGGUGUGUCUGGCUUUGCUUGGCUUGUUAGUGGAAGGUUAUUUCAUCUACAAACUCCACAAGACUAACACAACCUCUAUUCCUGAUAAGCCAAAGAUUGAAGCACAAAAAGGGGAACGAUAUGACAUGCAUCCUGUCACCAAGAAGCCAAAGUCAAAGCCACAUAGAACCCUGCAUCCUUCGAAACCUCUCGCGCAUCUGACAGCUGGUUCUAAGAAACCUGAAAAGGGUGGAGCCAUGGAAUGGAAUGAUGAUGCAAGUCCUAUUUACGAGCUCAAGUACAACAAUGGAAAUCUGAUCAUUCAGAAAGAGGGCUUCUACUACGUGUACGCCAAACUUAGCUUCAGUGCAGAUGGCUCUUCUUUCAUCCAGACGGUGAAAAAGACCACGCAACUCUAUAUGGGUGGGGAGAUCCCGCUGCUUACGUACCGAAGACACAGUCCAAGCUUGGUCCAAAAAGGCACCAUGAGGAGCAGCUACCUGGGCGGGGUCUUCCAUCUGCAUAAGGACGAUGCUGUUUUUGUUUAUGUCAAUAACGGCUCUUUGGUUCGUCUAUAUAAUGCAGCUGAUAACUUUUUCGGCAUGUUUAUGCUGUAGACAGAGUGCAGCUCUGUAUUUAUAACCAUAGGCGCCAGUUUUGAGGAUGCUCGGGAGCUCACCACCCCAUAAAUGUUUAGGAUUUCAAGGAGCUGGCUCAACCUUCCCAGAAUCCAAUUGGUUGUUUUUGUUUUGAAAGCACAUGACUUCUACCGGUGAGCUCUCUGUGCAGCAAAACCACAAAUUCAGUGUUCGAAACCCAUCUCAAACUUUCCUUUAUCUACGUGUUAUAUGUGGACGCUUUGAACAAAAUAUGCAUUAUCUUUUUUUUCCCUUCGUAGCUGCAAGACGAAAAUGGAACGGAUCAGUUGAAAGAGUUUAAAAUAUAGAUGCUUUGACGAAAUAUCUUCAGUUUCAUGUUACGAUUUAAGCUCUAUGGCCGAGAACGUUACCGAAUUAUUGUGGAUUGUUUUUAUAUUAUUGUUAGCAUUGAAAAUGGUGACUUGAUACUUGGGUAUAGAGGAUUUUGCGUAAGAGUGGGCUGGCUCCUUUAAAUAUGCCAUAUUUAGACAUUUUUACAGUACCAGUCAAAAGUUUGUGCACCCCUACUCUACUCAUUCAUAGGUCUUUCUGUAUUUUGACUACUUUCAACAACACUGAAGACAUCAAAACUAUGAAACAACACCUGGAACGUAUAUGAAAUUAUGAAGUAAGCAUAAGUGUUAAAAAAAACAACAAAAUAUUUUUCAUAUUUUAGAUUCUUCAGCAUAUCCAGCGUUUACCUUGAUGACACUUUGUACACUAUUGGCAUUGUCUUAACCAGCUUCACGAGGUAGUCACUUGGAAUACUUUUCAAUUAACAGCUGUGCCUCGUCAAAAGUUAAUUAGUGGACGAGUUUCUCGCCUUCUUAAUGCGUUUGAGAUCAAACAGUGAAAAGUAAAUAAUAAAAAUAUAAAUAAUAAAAUAUCCCUAUUCCAUCCACAACUGUCGUAAUCCAUAUAAUAUCAAGAAGUGUUAAACUAAGUCAAGAGAAUCGACAUCCAUCAUUACUUUAAGACAUGAAGUGAUUUUUAAUUUAUAAAAAUAAAGGAAAAAUAUCGAAUCAGAAGGUGUGUUCACAUUUUUUUUUCUGGUACUGUAAGUUAAAAAUAUAGACCAUACUUUGGUAAAGACAACACCUGUUGUAAUAUAAUAAUAUUAUCUGCUGUAGCGUCCAUUUUAGAUACAGUUUCUGUCUUCUGUUUUGUUUUUUCACACCAUCAGUGAUGUGACACAAUAAAGUGGCAUUUAAAGGUUGUGUUCCAAA